CCGGAUUCUCUCCAUGCAUUUAAUUUCCAAUUUAAAUUAUUAGAAUUAACCUUGUCCUUCCUAAAAAACCCUUCUUGUGAUCCUGGCCGCUAGAUGAAUAAGGGGAACGGACGGCAACUAGGGGGGAAGCGAGAUUGACAACCCCCUUAGACUAUCUCCAACCCAAGCAUGCAAAUUUGGAGAAAGGGAGGUUUUUGGCUUUUUUCAUCUCCAACCCACCAAUUAUUUGGCUUGCAAAUUUGGAGAAGUGGGCUUGAGGGUGGAUUUGGAGAAAUAGACUAUCUCCAACCCAAACAUGCAAAUUUGGAGAAAGGGAGGUUUUUGGCUUUUUUUCAUCUCCAACCCACCAAUUAUUUGGCUUGCAAAUUUGGAGAAGUGGGCUUGAGGGUGGAUAGAUAGAAGCUCAUAUGGAAAAAUGCAAGGAGAAGGUGGGGGACCAACCAUGGAACCCAAGCCCACACGGUGGGGCCCUCCACUUUCCAACGUUUUUUUUUCUUUUACUUUCUUAAUUUUUGAUUGGUUGGUUAUGAGUUGGGAAGGCAAAUUUAGAAGGUUUAGGGUUGGAGCAAAAAAAGUGUUUUUGGAAGGUAAAAAUGCACAUUUGAGAGCUUAAGAGGCUAAAUAUAACCUUUUGGGUUGGAGUUAGUCUAAGGGAUUGUCACGCUAUCUACUCCCCGUUAACCAUAUUAUCGUACCAACUCAUAGCUCAAACUAGCCAGCUUACUUUGCAGCCCUAACUUUAUCCCCAACAUGAGAUUUAGAAGAAGAAAAAUGAAGGAUAUUUAUUUUUCUUCUUUUUUUUCGUCGUUCUGCGUUUUUUACUGGUUCUGACUUCUGGCGGGCGAAGAACCCCUCCGAAGGCCGGCCUCCGAUUAGUCCCACUCACUCUCUACUCUCUGGUCUUCCUCCUGCCCCGGACAUCGGCGCUGCAACCCUAAUAUGGCCACUGGUUGCUCUCCAUUUUCCGUCUCUCACCGUGGUAUCCGCCUUUGUCGCCGCCGAUAAGUGAUGAUGUCGCAGGCCGUCCGCUCCCUGAACCUUGAUUGUUGGCUGAAGCUUUGAGCUGGCCCAAAAAGUCGCCGUCGACAUCUCCAGUCUCAGCCUGAUUUUGGGUCCGUCUUGCUAACGCUUUGAGUUGGCUCUGCAAAUCUGUGAGUGUGGAGUUCUUCCCAUUUCUCAUUUCUUAUUUGUUCAUUGUAGUGUUUCAUUAGUCCUAAGAUAGCUGCUUGCAGUGAACCAACUAGGAAGAAUUUUAUUUCCGCAAAGGAAAUGGAAGGUAAAUAGCUAGCUUGGAUAAAUCAAUGGUGGAUUGAUGGUAAAUGGGACUACUACAUUCCAAAAGGAAAUUCUAGAAUAACUGUGAACUGAUUCGAUUCUUAUGAAUGAAUGCUGCAUUCCUCUAUUUUUAGUAUUGGUCGGACGUUUUGGGCACUGUGGAGCUAUCACAUUGUGGAAGAAUUGCUUCUGACGGCGAGUUUACUUUGUGGCAGCUUGUUUUUAUUUAUGGUGGAGCCUCAAAAUCAGACUUCAUGUUUGUUCUCUGGAAAAAGAUGUAAUAGACCAAGACAGCAUUGGAUGGACUGGUUUACCUCUGGAUAUUGUUCACCGAUGUCCCAGUGAGUUAAGCCAAGUUGAAGGGCUGAGGUGGGUCUGGAAAUUUUGCGGAUGUCUGCCAGAGUGCUGCAGAUUGCCAGCCACUUUAAGGUGCACCCAUUUUCAAUUCACUCACCUAAGCCCCUUGACUUCCAUUUUGCACGGGUUCAUUCUUCUAGCUUAUAUUACCUCCAUCAGUUUUGCCCUUCUUCCCCUUGCUCCGGUCCUCAUUCUUUGAACUCGAAUGAAUGCCGGAUAUUGGUCGUUGGACUGUCUAAAUUGAUAAAAUACAAGAAAGGAUUCGUCUUGAAGGCCUUUUCUCUGAAGUUCUCCCCUUACUUCCUAGUAAAGACUAUGAAAUUGUUGGAAUCCCGUGAAGCCGCAUUUGCAUUCUUCAAACUCGCGUUUCAAAAUGAUUCCCAGGAUACAGUUGAGUCCUGUUGCAUUGCAGCCCACGCCUUGGCUGCAGAGAAUUUCAGGUGUCUUGCACAGGACAUUGUGUCAUUGGUAUUUAGGAGAAUUGGAUCUCAGAGGAGUAGAGACUUGGUGGAUUUUAUGUGGGCAAAGCACAGUGAAUAUGAGUCUGAUUUCUCAGUUCUUGACACUAUCAUGCGCAGUUUCUUGAAUGCAAAUAUGGGUUAUGAGGUGCUUGACAUUUUAGGCAGGAUGAGGGAGGCAGGAGUUAGGCCAAGUUCAUCUGCUAUCACUAUUCUGUUGAAGUUUUUGCUAAGAGAUGGUGAUUUCGCUGGUACCUGGAAGUUGUUCAGGGACAUCGUUCGCAUAGGGUAUCAACCUUGUAAUUACAAUUUCAACACUAUGAUUCAUGGGUUUUGUCAGAAGGGACAUGUUAGAGUUGCAGAGAGUUUGUUGCACAUAAUGUGGAGAUUUAGGUGUGAACCAGAUGUCUAUUCCUACAACAUUAUGAUCAAUGCAUGCUGCAUGAGAGCCCAGACUUCAGAGGCACUUUGUUGGUUAGAUUUCAUGAUUCAAAGUGGUUGUAAACCAAGUAUACCUACAUUAAACACUAUAAUUAACGCAUUCUGUAGUAAAGGAAAUGUAGAUGAAGCUAGAAAGAUAUUUGAUGGGAUUGAAGAGUUCGGUCUCUUACCUAUUGUCUCAACAUACAAUACAAUGUUGAAUGGAUAUCUGAAGGCAAAGAAAGUCACUCAGGCGAAGAUGCUUUAUGAUGAAAUGAAAAAUAAGUGCAUACCACCAGAUGGUGUGACAUUCAAUACGUUGGUAGCUGGAUAUUAUAGGUAUGGGAGAGGAGAGGAUGCUGACCGCUUGUUGAUAGAUCUAUCUGUAUCAGGGUUGCUUCCACCUGCUUCAUUAUAUGGUAUCUCCAUUGCAGGGCUAUGUUGGGUUGGGCACGUGGACAAAGCAAUGCAACUCUUGAAAGAUAUUCUUGAGAAGGGAGUAUGUCUAAGUAGUGUUGCUUUUAAUUCUGUUAUUGUUGCUUGUAGCCAAUUAGGACAAGAAGAGAAUGCAUAUGAAGCUUAUAGACUCAUGCUCAGUUUUGGUAUAGCUCCUUCUUCUCUUACAUGCAGUUCGUUACUUAUGGGCUUAUCCAAGAGGGGUAGAGUGCAAGAAGCAACAGAACUUCUGCAUAAAAUGAUUGAGAGAGGAUUUCGUAUCAACAGAAAAGCUUUUACGAUUAUCUUGGAUGGGUAUUUCAAGAGAGGGGAUGUAGAUGGGGCUUGCAGUCUAUGGGAUGAAAUGGAAGGGAUGGGUAUGCAUGCUGAUGUUGUUGCCUAUUCAGCUUUCAUUGAUGGUCUUUCAAAAGCAGGCUUGAUGGAGGAGGCGUAUAAUGUAUUCUUGGAAAUGUCGAUGAAAGGAUGCAUCCCCAAUAGUUUUACAUACAACUCCUUGAUCCUUGGGUUUUGCAACUCUGGGAAACUAAGUGAUGCUCUACAGUUGGAGAAAGAGAUGAGGCAACAAGGCCUUCUUCCUGACACAUUUACAAUUAAUAUCAUCAUUCGCGGAUUCUGUAAAGCAGGGAAAAUGAAGAUGGCGGAGGAUGCAUUUGCAGACAUGUUCCGAACUGGUUUAACCCCUCCUGAUAUUGUCACAUACAACACUUUGAUCAGUGGAUAUUGCAAAGCAUUUGAAACGGUUCGUGCAGAUGAGCUCGUGAAGAGAAUGUAUGCUGGGGGGUGGGAACCAGACAUCAACACAUAUAACAUCCGAAUUCAUGGGUUUUGUAAUACUCAAAAAAUGAAUCGAGCUGUGAUCCUGCUGAACGAGUUGAUUACAAUGGGGAUUAUUCCAGACACGGUAACAUACAACACCAUGAUAAAUGGUGUUUGUACAGAUGUUCUGGAUCGUGCGGUAAUCUUGAGUGCCAGACUGCUGAAAAUGGGGUUUGCACCAAAUGUUAUUACCACCAAUAUAUUGUUGUCUCAGUUUUGCAAUCAAGGAAUGCCCGAGAGGACGUUGAUGUGGGUAAAGAAACUGAGUGAGAUUCCGUUUGUUCUGGAUGAAAUUUCUUAUAAGAUUAUGGGGAAAGCUUUCAGUAAUAUUGAAAAUAAAGUUGAACUUGUGAGGGGAACCUAUGAAAAGACCCUCUUUCUGGAUUUCCUCAUGUAUAUCACAUAUGAUUAUUUUUGUAGAACUAGCCGCCAGACUCAGAGGAUUACAGUUGAAGAUCCUCUUAAACUGACUGAACGUGCUUGUGUUGGAUAUUGAGCAUUGGGAUUAGGUUCUAGAGUGGAAGGGCAUUGAAUUGCGAAGGUGAAUGGGAAAGGAGAACGAAGUCUCCAGGUCCUAGACCAGGUGCAUAGUUGAAGCGACCAAAACAAAUUUACCAUGAUUCUGGUUGUUUUGCAAAGAUUUUUCAAUGCAGUUUUGACAAUCGAUGUGCACAAUUGACUGAACCCAAGUUCAGGCAUGAUCUUUACUUUUCAAGAGAUUGAAUUCUGCAAGGACAAUUCAGUCCGGCUGUAUGUCUGAGUCUGACAAGGAGGCAUGUAGCACCGCACCGCAUCUGACUGUAAGUAUUUAUCAAGCAACAUUGUAAAGGUCACAUAGUUCAGUCUCUAUAUGAAUUCCUGACUAAUACUAUUUUAUUUACCCUAUUUUAUUUACUCUUGUUUGAUGUGUGCAUAUCAACUAGUCUUCAAGGGUGUGCUAGAGAUAUUGAAAUGAAAAAGCGCACCCUGGAGAAGCGAUGAGCAAAAUCAGAUUUGCAGGUGCAUGGAAGCCAAGAAUGACAUUGUGGUGAGUCGUAAUUUACAUAUUCUUUCAUUGUGAAUCAUUGGAAGCUUUAACUGCUUAAAGUAAUUCAUGUCUUUAGGAUAGGCUUCUACAUUUUGGAUGACUUACAGCAGUACUGUCGUCUAAGCUUUAACUGCUUAAAGUAAUUCGUGUCUUUAGGAUAAGCUUUAACUGCAAUUUUCACCAAAUCUGACUGUUUCUUGUUCUCUUCAUUGUCCACUGAUGGUGCUUGAAUACAUUCAGGUACCUGAUGCCAUUUUCUCUUAGGUGGUUAUCAAGCUAGAGUGUGUUGUAGAUAUUAUGUAAAUUCCUCUAGCAUUUUGUAAAGAAUGGCUUGCUGCUGAAAUCUUAGAAAGGAAAUAUCUGCUUUAUUUCAACAUAAAAUUAAAUUAGCUCA